GAACCUGUCUGUGAUAACCCUUCUACUUCUCCUCUGUCAGAUCGUGCUCUGUGUCGGGAUGCACAGAGUUCGUCUCAGUAAACACAGUCGGAGACACCACAAGUUUCCUCAUCUAUCAAUUUAUUUAGCAAAUCGAAAUAGAAUUAGAGGAAAACAUGGCUUAACCCCAAUCCAUGCCAUUAAUGGUGGAAUUGAGCCAAAAAAUGGCUCAGGAAGUGACUCCAAAGUAGUGGUUCAACGCCUCGUAAAUUCCUGUGAAACGAAUUUCUUUGGAACUAUAAAAAUGGGUGGAAGUAAUCCACAAACUUUCACCGUCCAAUAUGAUACUGGAUCCUCGGAUCUGUGGCUACCCAGCUCCAAGUGCGGUUCUUGCAAGAAAUGUGGCAGCAGUUUGUUCAAGGAAUCAAAAUCUGAAACACUUCGUCAGAAUAAAACUGGAUUUAGCAUCACAUAUGGAUCGGGAUCGGUCAAGGGUUUGGUGGCCAAUGAUGUGCUCAUCCUUGGUGACUUGAGGAUUGAAAAUCAAGGCUUUGGUUUGGUCAAUGACACCACCGAUUGCUCAGUUUUCGAUGGAAUCCUUGGUUUGGCAUUUCCCAAUCUCUCACAGAUUGGUACCUUGCCGCCCUUUCAAAUGAUGUUGGCCCAGAAAUUGCUGGAGAAACAGAUCUUUUCGUUUUACAUGAAGAGUGGUUCCAGUGACGGUGGUCUCCUUAUAAUCGGAGGAUCCAACUCGAGCUUGUAUUAUGGUCCCUUGACUUAUACAAAAGUGACGGAGGAGAAGUAUUGGUCUUUUCUAAUGGGUUCCAUAGGAUUCCAUGGAACGAAUGUGAGAUCAUGUGAGUCGGGAUGCCAGGCUAUUAUGGAUACGGGAACAUCUUUGAUUGUUGGCCCAGUUACAGAGGUUCAUGGCCUAAUGGAUGCCAUUAAAGCUGUGUACGAUGCCACUUUGGAUCUGUGGACAAUGGAUUGCAAAUUGAUUGAAACUCUACCGCAUUUGGUUAUUCAAAUCGAGGGCAUUAUGUUUUAUGUACAUCCAGCGACAUAUGUGAUUAGAUAUUCCGAUUUCUGCUUCGUGGGCAUAAUGGAUAUGCGGGGUCUGACCAAAUGGAUAAUCGGUGAUGUCUUCCUGAGGGAGAACUAUGUGGAAUUUGAUUUGAAAAACAAAAGAAUGGGCAUUGCGCCAGCUGUUUGAUUUGAUUAGUUUUUUUUUUUUUUUGCUGUUACAAUUAUGUUUAAGAGUGGAAAUGUUUAUUAAUGAUAUACAUUUUCAAGUGAAGUUUAUAUUAAUUGAUGAAUUAUGAGUUGAUAAAGUGUAAAU